AUGCGUUGCUUGUUUGUGCUGGUCCGCCCUCUACACUUGCUUUCCCGCGUUGAGGGAACCAAUUUCUUAUACGAGAUCGUGGUUUACAAGUCCCGGGGCCUAUCAUUACCUCGCUUCUACGACGAAGGUCAGAAGGUUAGGAUGAACCAGCAUCCCGAGGUUGCUUCGGUGAAUCGGAAUUUGCUUGACCUCCACUGGAGGCUUUGCGAGGUGUUCAAUGCAUCUGGUGCUGGAGGAGAGAUCGACCGUGUGCUUGAAAAGUGGGACAAAAUUAAAGAGCGUUCGGGGUGUUUGGCUACCGACGGUAGCACCAAGAUCGAAGAGCUCCUGUGGUUCUCUUUUCCAACCUCCUAUGUGCCACAGCCAUACUCUACGAAGGUUUACCCGUGA